CUGUCCCUCUCUGUGAUUGCUUUUUCUCUCUCCCUCCCUCUAUCUCACUCUCAUCUGUUGGUAUGGCUCAGGCUGCAUCAUCCAAGAGGACACGUGUUCUCUGUUUAUUAAAGAGCAAAAGAAGGGAGGGGAAGAGUGAGCGAAUGAGGAAGGGUGGAACAGAGGUAGAGAGAUUCACAUAGCAUAGCCAUCACUGGGUAGACAGCAUCCUUCCAAAACGCACGCACGAGCAAACAAAAAGAGGCUAAACACAUCAGAAUCCUUUCAGACGACAACAGAACACAGCCCUUCAGCAGAGAUGGGGCCCGGAUUGUUCUGGAACUUCCCAUCCAAGACUAGCUGCGCGGUUCCACAGAGCCUGCUGCAGACAAUGUUGCUCUCCAGGAUGGCUGGCAUAAAGGAUCAGCAGUUCACUGAAGAGAAACCGCUACUGCCAGAAUCCAGGGGACAGGAAACAGAGAUGGCUAAAGGACAGUGUGUGCACGCGCUGCCCUGUGCUACACCACCCCCCCCCACGGCUCGCCCCCCAAAACGCUGGCAUGCCAUCGCCCAACACUGGCUCGGCCUGACACGCCAUCGGACCAGCGGGUACUUCCCGGAAAACUGUGAGACCUUCGUGGCUGAGGGAGAUUGGAAGGUACAAGCAGACAAGCUGUGCUUCAACACGUUCUUCCACAAUGAAGACAUGCAGGAGAUCACUAAACAUUUUGUGGUGUGCCACGUAGAUGCCCCAGGCCAGCACAUUGGUGCCCCCCAGAUGCCACAAGGAUAUCAGUAUCCUACCAUGGAUCAGCUAGCUGGGAUGCUUCCUAGUGUGGUGCAACACUUUGGCUUCAAGAGCAUCGUUGGAAUUGGAGUGGGGGCUGGUGCCUUCAUCCUCGCCAAAUUUGCGCUGAUUUUCCCUGAUCUUGUGGAGGGUCUGGUUCUACUCAACAUUGAUCCCAAUGGGAAGGGAUGGAUCGACUGGGCCGCCACAAAAUUGUCAGGACUCACCAGUACUUUACCAGACACUGUCCUGGCCCAUCUUUUCAGCCAGGAAGAGCUUAUGAGCAACACAGAAGUGGUUCAGACUUACCGUCAGCAGAUCAACAACACCAUCAACCAGUUCAACCUACAGCUUUUCUGGAACAUGUACAACAGCCGCAGGGAUUUGGAAAUGAACCGCAGUGGCUCUGUGCUAAAUGCUAAGACCCUGAGGUGCCCGGUCAUGCUGGUCGUUGGUGACAAUGCUCCGGCCGAGGAAGGCGUGGUUGAGUGCAACUCUAAACUGGAUCCAACCAACACCACAUUCCUAAAGAUGGCUGAUUCAGGUGGAAUGCCUCAAAUUACACAGCCUGGAAAACUCUCAGAGGCUUUCAAGUACUUCCUGCAGGGAAUGGGUUACAUUGCUUAUAUGAAGGAUCGGAGAAUGAGUGGGGGGCCAGUGCCCUCGGCCAGUAUGACCCGUCUUGCUCGCUCGCGAACGGCCUCUCUGACCAGCGCCGGCUCCGUGGAUGGUUCUCGCAACCGCGCAUGCACGCACUCAGAUAGCAGUGAGGGCGUCGGGCAGGUCAGCCACACCAUGGAAGUGUCCUGCUGAACCCUCGUGCAAUGUCUUACAUGCACACAUUUAGAGAGAUGUGGCAUGGAAGGAGGGCGUGAGAAGAAUGGAGGUCUCAUAUUGCUUUCAUUCUUUCUUUCUCAGCCAUUUUCUGUCCUUUUCGCUCAGUUUUUUCAGCGUUAGCCAUCUUGAAGGAAUAGUUGACUCAAAAAUUUAAAAAAAAAAUGUAUAAAAACAUCAUUUACUCGCCCAGAUGUCUUUAGAAACCUGUAUGACUUAAUUUCUUUUGUAGAACACAAAAUGAGAUAUAUAGUCCAAGGAGCUAUUUUCCAU